AUGCCUGACGAGCGGAGGUCUCCCAGUACUGUUGGUUCCAUUCAAAGCUUGGAAAAUAUUCGUCUUUCUCAGGCGCGAAACGCUUUUCGAAGCAACAGCGAGAAAAGUCUCAAGGUCGUUCCCAUUACCGUCAGCUGGGAACAUAUUACGUAGGCAUCAAAUGAAAUACAGUGAUGAGAGAUUCUUACAGAGUAAAGGCUGAAAAUGGAAGAGAAAUAUUGCAAAAUGUGAAUGGCUUCACUAAACCCGGACAGUUGAUGGCUUUGAUGGGGGCAAGGUAAAACAUAGUCUGUGCGAAAAGACUAUUUAACAGUUGAAAGAAGCAUGGAAUUUUGUUUGUUAAGAAAACGUCUUUUCAAAUCUGAUUUUAAGUAUUGCAAAGUUUUUUCGCCUUCAAGUGAUUCCGCGAACUCAAAAAUAGUUGUCAGAUAUAGAAGUAGAUAACUAAACUUUGGAGAGCUAGAGGUAAAUUUGCGGAAAUAACUUUGAAAACUUAAUAAAAUUUCCUUUUUUUUACAUUUAAUACUGUCUGCAUUCUCGAAAAUACUGUUUUUUUCUUGAAACGAUUGCAACAAAAGAGAACCAGCUUUGAAAAGUAACGUUUAUAAAAGCUCGAAUUUCAGUGGAGCUGGCAAAACUACCUUACUAAAUACACUGAUGGCUCGCAAUUUACGCGGUUUAGAACACAGUGGAAACAUCAGAGUCAAUGGAAUUGAUGUUAAAAUAUAUCCAGUUCAUGGAGUUAUUUUUUAUUUUUUCCAGAUGGGAAAAGAUAUCUCGCGAGUAUCAGGCUUCGCUCAGCAAGAAGAACUUUUUAUAGGCACAUUAACAGUGCACGAGUAUCUCCUCAUUCAGGUGGGGUUCAUGUAUUGUCGAUUAUGCGUACAUUUCAGGCAAAACUGAGAAUCGACGAAGAUUCUGUAGUGAGGAAAGAGCGUGUUGAUGAAGUUAUGGUUCAGUUGGGACUUGUGAAAUGCCAGAACUCUCGCAUCGGCGUCGUCGGAGUGAAAAAAGGCAUUUCAGGUAUAGUUCACUCGCCGCGACUUGAAAGUUUUCGAGUGUCUGCGUCUCCCUGCUCUCUCUGUUAAAAUAUAUCCAGUUCAUGGAGUUAUUUUUUAUAGUAUACUUUGCGCUUCGGAAAGGUGGAUAAGGUUUUUAGGAGGAGAAGCCAGAAGACUGACAUUCGCCUGUGAAAUGCUGUCGAAUCCUUCUCUCCUUUUUGCCGACGAGCCCACCUCGGGACUUGAUUCCUUCAUGGCGGAGAACGUUGUGCAGCUCCUUCGAACUUUCGCAGCUAACGGCCGAACCAUUAUCUGCACGAUCCACCAGCCAGCCUCUCAACUCUAUCAAAUGUUUGAUAGCGUCAUGUACAUGGGUGAGAUUAAAUCAAACCCAAAGAACUAAUAAAACUCGCUUCAGCUAACGGAAGAACGGCCUUCUUGGGCUCACCAGAGGACUCAAUCACCGUUAAAACGACUCUAGCUGCACGUGACCUUUCUUUAAUUUCAGUUCUUCGAAAAGAGCGGACACGUCGUUCCACCAAAAUUCAACCCAUCAGAAUACAUAAUAUCGGUGUUGGCGGUCGUUCCUGGAGAAGAAGCCGAGUGCAAGAAGCGCAUUGACAAAAUCGUAGAAGCCUUCGAAUCCAGGUCGCUGUUAUUUCGAACUCCAAAAAAAAACUUCUACUCUACAGCGAUCACGGUCAGAAGGUGAACGACUACCUGAGCAGUUUGGAGAUAGGAGAAGCUCCGCAGUGGCUCAGCCGUGUCGGGUUCACAAGCCAGAUCACCGCUUUGGCAGAAAGGUUCUGUUUCCCUUAUGAAAAUGAAAAAUGAAUUUUUUUUUUUUUGAGAUGUUUUCUUGACAUCAUGCGGAAUCCUGGCGUCGCACGUGCAAAGUUCACACAGAAAUGCGUCAUGGGUCUGUUCAUUGGACUGCUGUACCUUCAGGUUCGUCUGAAAGAGAGUUUUCGGUCUCAACUUCAUUUUCAGACCGAGUAUACGCCUCAUGGUAUUCAAAAUAUUAACGGCGCACUCUUCUUUGUCGUUUGCGAAUUGACGUUUUCGACAAUGGCAGGUUUAUCAUAAAAUCUGACAUUAUUCUUGAAAUUUAAACGAUGAAGGAAUCAUGACAUUCCUCAAUAUUGAGUUCCCUCUGGUUGCUCGCGAAUAUCACGACGGAUUAUACAAUUUGGCAAGGUUAUAUUAUUAUUUUCUGUUAAAUUUUGCAAAUUUUUUUAUCUUUUAAAUUUGAGCUUAUCAUUGAAAGAACUACCAAUGCGCAUGGUCUCUUGAGAUGAUUUUUGAAAGAGACGAUGUCUGAAAUCUUGUGAAGAAAAGCUGUCGAAAAAUGAAAAGCUGUGAAAAAAUGCAAAAGAGUUAUUAUCUCUUUUCAAUGGCAACAAAAAAAAAAUCAUACAGUUCUUCUACUAAGAAAACGUCUAAUGGUAACAUUGAAAACCAUCUUCAAUUUAUCUUCCUGAAUAGCUGUAUAUUAUUAGUUACUACAUUGCUCGGAUCGUUUCAUACAUGCCGUUGUUUUCAUCGGACGGCUUGUGUAUGAUCCUAAUCUCUUACUGGCUGAUCGGAUUGUCUUCCACGUUUCAACAGGUUUCAAACUUUUUUUUUCUCCUUAGGCUUCUAUGAAGAUUGUCAUAAGUUGAACCUUUGAAAGGUGUUAUGGAUGAUCUUGGUUGCCGUUCUGACGGAGCAGGCUGCUUCGAGCUGCGGAAUUGCGUUAUCAUGCAUCUGUCCGUCGGUGCCGAUUACAGUGGCGUCGUCGGGUCCGAUUCUCAUCCUGUUCAUGUUGGUCGGAGGAUUCUACGGAACCACCUCAAGCAUGCCGAUUUUCAUUCAAUGGAUCCAAUACACCAGUUGGAAUCGGUUGGUCUUCCAGACUUUCACUCUGAUGAAAGCUACUAGGAAAGGCGAAUGUAUUGUUCAUAAUUUUUUGUUACUGAAUCAGGUCCCUUUUUUUCAUUUUUUCAAAAUUAUUUUUAUUUUUUCUUAAUUUUUAUUAUCUUUUUGAUUAGGUCCCUUUGAUUAAGAAUAAUUAUAUUGCCCCCUAAGAUUAUAUUUUUUGUUUUAGACUUGCAUAUGAGGCUUUGAUGAUUAACCAGUGGUCGCGUCUCGACGACGCUCAUGGAGGCAAAAACUGGACGGUUCAAGUUAGUUUAUUUGAACUUUAAAAGCACUUUUCAAUAAAAAGUUGUUUUUAGCUCUGGAACUUUAAAGAGGUAGGGGGCAUAGGGGCGUAGUAGGCAUAGGAGUUCUGGUCGAAGGGCAUCGGCGAGCUGCCCAAUCGAUGGGCCAAUGUCGUAAAUAACUUUGGUGAUUAUAUUGUUGAUUAGACUAGUUCUUCAACAAAGUUAAAAAAAAAUUUUAAUGGUGAAAUUUUCGGACAAGAAUUAUUGGAGAGCCUGGUAAAUGAAUUUUUAGAGAAGAAGCACCUUAUUUGAAGCAGAUAAGCGGUUAUUUCUCCCAAAAUGCGAGUCUAUUGACUCGUCCGCAACAUCCCGUGCACGGUUACUGUAAUAAGUUGUCCGAACACCGAUCCAAAGCAUUUUUCAAAACUAAAGGCGACAAAGUAAAAUGGCGUUUUUCUUCUUUAAAAUUAGUCAUAUCUGUAAUUUUUUCGAUAGCACAGUUCGAUUCGCAAUGAAAAAUUAUAUAAGAUACUGCUUUCACCAAAACGAUACCAACCAAAAACAGUUUAUAACCAUGAACUAGCUUGAUACUUCAUAUUAGAUAACUUUUCACAACCAUGUUCAAACUUCAGAAUCGCGACGCAAUACUGCAUCGACAUGGCUUCGAGGCUUGGAUGUUCUUCUUCGAUCUUGGCGGACUUGCCACCAUAGCUAUCGUCUUAUAUUUCAUCGGAUUCGUCGCUUUGCUCUUUAGAAUCAGGCGCGCCCGUUAG